UAGAGCCGAGAGGCAGGUCAGUCAGGUUCUUGGCUGCUCUGUUACACAAGCAAGACACUGCCAGCCAGCCAGGGCGCCAGCCCCACCCAGUUUUGUUUCUUUAGCAUCUGCCUGUGUCCUACUCAGGGCCACACUGUCACACUUUAGCCACCUGCUCUUUCAUGCGCUGAGGACUCAUUCCAUCCAGGCCAACUGUGAUAUUUUAUUUCCCAUCUGUAAACACCUGUUAGUUCUGAAGAUUCUUCAUACUAAAACCAAAACCAAAGAAGACUACCAUGUUGACCUUAGCCAAAAUUGCCUUGCUUUCAAGUCUGUUCAUUUCAUUACCAUUUGGGAGGCCUGAAAAACAAACUUCAAAAAGAAAUAUAACUCAGCACACUAUAGAAGAUUUGAAAACAAUGGGAAACAUAUUCACUCAUUUGGAAAGAAGCAGAAAUGUAACUUCAGAGAAUGAAACUAAAACCUCCAAUCCCAUGGUGACAGACGCUUCUCCUUUGGAUCGAUUCACAGCCGAUGAACCAACAAAUUCCACCAGCAGCUGGCCAACAGCUAGCUCUACCGAGGGACCAAGGCCCACCUCCACAUAUUCCAUCCCCCCCUUGGCUCAUGGCUUUGUUUCCAAGUUGCCUUUGAACUCAUCAACAGCAGAUGUAAAUCCUUUACACGUCUCAGCACAUUCCAACCCUAUACAACCUGCAUCAUCAGAAAACUUUACAUGGUCUUUGGCCAAUGACACCAUGAACGCUCCUGACAAUAUUUCCAGUACAGUUAACAUCCUCCCUCCACCUCUGAUGACCACACCUGUGACCCCUUUAACAAACGAACCUACUGGGUGGCUUGCCACAAACGAUGACAACUUUGCUGGUUUCACCCCAUAUCAAGAAAAAACAACUUUACAGCCUACCGUAAAAUUCACCAACAAUUCAAAACUUUUCCCCAACACAUCAGACCCUCAAAAAGAGAAUAAAAAUACAGGAAUAGUAUUUGGAGCCAUUUUAGGAGCUAUUUUGGGUGCUUCACUGCUUAGCCUUGUUGGCUACUUAUUGUGUGGACAACGGAAAACGGAUUCAUUUUCCCAUCGGCGACUUUAUGAUGAGAGAAAUGAACCAGUUCUGCGAUUAGACAAUGCACCAGAACCUUACGAUGUCAAUUUUGGAAAUUCUAGUUACUACAACUCAGCUGUGAGCGAUUCAGACAUGGCGGAAGCUGGAGAAAGCGUGCAUGAUGGCAUUCCCAUGGAUGAUAUACCGCCACUUCGCACCUCAAUAUAGCAACCUGGAGACUGACGGCUGCAGAGAGCAAGAGUUCAUCUCCGUUUUGAC